CUUGAGCUUUUUAUAGUCGGGCUCAGAAAAGGCAGAGGAGCAGCUGCUGGACACCUCUCCCUUUCCUGCUCUCUAUCCCUCUCCCUGCUCUCACAGUCUCUCUCCUGUCUCUGUGUUUUAGCUGUUUCUGAGACCACUCUCCUUCCUGGGCCUGACUCUAGCCUCUUCCUCUUCCCCCACACACACUCACACACACACAAACAAACACAAACACAAACACACACACACAGUGUCAGUCAUGGCAGACAAAAAGGAAGGGAAGGGUGCUCGUCGUGUGCCAGUGAAGCAGAAGGAGAAGAAGGCGGAGAAGAAGGUGGAGAAGGCCCCCGAGAAAGAGGCAGAGAAGGAGAAGGAGGAGGAGAAGGUGGAGAAGGUGGAGAAGGUGGAGAAGGUGGAGAAGGUGGAGAAGGGCCCUGCAGCGGCUGAGGGGCAGGAGGGCAGUACAGCACCACCCGAGGGGGCCGCCGCCGCCGAGGAGAAUGGGGAAUUCAAGCUGGAACCCAUUGAGCUGCCGCCUUUCGAGAUCAUCGUAGGGGAGAGGAUGAACCCCUUCUUCUUCAAGUUCCAGUUCAAGAAUGUGGAGUACUCCUCUGGCCGGAACAAAACCUUCCUGUGCUUCCUAGUGGACUCCCAAGGCAACAACAACACAGGUAUGAGGGGCUACCUGGAGGACGAGCACGCAGGUGGACACGCCGAAGAGGCCUUCUUCCAGCAGGUUCUACCCGAGUACGACCCGGCGGUGCGCUACCUGGUCACCUGGUACGUGUCCUCCAGCCCCUGUGCCGCAUGCGCGGCCAAGCUUGUGGAGAUCCUGCAGGCGCGCAAAACCAUGCGUCUCGUCAUCUACUCCGCCCGCCUCUUCAUGUGGGAGGAGCCCGAGAUCGAGGCGGGGCUGAAGGUGCUGGCCGGCGCCGGGUGCAAGCUGCGCAUGAUGAAGCCCUCGGACUUUGUCUAUGUCUGGGACACGUUUGUAGAGAACGAGGAACAGACCUUCACCCCCUGGGAGGACUGCCAGGAGAAUUACGACUACUACCAGGAGAGGCUGUCCGACAUCCUGAAGUGACCAGCUUGGGAGACCAGUAAACCCAGAAUGCAUUUCGUUGACUCCUCUUCCUUUCCAGCACCAGCCCGUCCACUAUAAAACUCACCCCACUCUGCCAGUUGAAGUCCUACUACAUGAAGCCUUAUGUUUAAUUGGGCGAAUCCCACUGUUCCACCCUUCUUAAAUUUAAUCCACACAAUCCUUGCCAAAGGAAGACCUUCCAAGCCUGCACGUCAAAGCCUCUGAAUAGGAGUCAUCUCUCCACAGUGCCAUCUUGUGUUUCAGGUCCCACACUGCCUUUGGAAUUACUGGCUUGUCCAGAGGCUGGUAAUAAAAUGUCUGUGAUGUUUGUCACUACACAAAGAGCAUGAAACAUAUACCAUGAGACUCUGCCCUUAGAAAAUACUAAUUUUACUAUAUUUUUUGUUUAGCUGGGCUGUGUUGUUCUUAAAACAAUCAGUUUAUAAUGUUUUUUUAAAUACUUGUUUUGAUAUUCAAUCCAAACUUUAAUUUGUUAAAGUGGGAAUUAGGUAUUUCAUCAUCUAUUGUUAGAAAAGUUGCAAUGUUACAUUUUUCCUUCUUUUAUAGCACAGCCAUAUACUUUUGUCUUGACUGAUUGGAAUUGUGACAUUUUACUGAGAAUAUACAUCAACACAGAUUUAUGUUUGGGAGUACUGAUAUUAUUCUUCAAAAAUUAAAAUGUACAAUAAGUCAAACAUUUGGACACUGUAAGCAAGCUUAAUGUUUGAAAAGGCUCAAAUUUAACUUUGUGUUGACUGGUUGACUGUUUUAUUUCAAAAAUUGCUAAUUAUUUCAAUAUUUAGUUAUUGCAAAUGUAAGUAC